AUGUCUGACCAGGUUAUCCGUCGUAUUGAUGAGAUGACGAAGCGAAUUGAUGACUUAGAGAAGAACAUCUCUGAUGUGAUGGCCCAAAUUCAAACGGAGUAA